GCCGUCUACAAAAAGCACCAUGAAGACACCCGUUGCCAUGAAGAUUCGGAGCAUGAUUUCAAUUCGCAACAAGUGGGCACGGGAAGCGUUUGCGGAAUUAUUAUCAACUUUUAUCAUGAUGCUGUUUGGUCUAGGUUCCGUAGCCCAGGUGGUUCUUGGAAAGAAAGAAUUUGGACAAUAUUUGAGCAUUAACUUAUCCUUUGGAUUUGGGGUCACAAUGGGAAUCCAUGUUGCUGGAGGGGUGUCUGGAGCCCACAUGAACUGUGCCGUUUCCCUAACAAACUGCAUUCUGGGAAGGCUGCCAUGGAAGAAACUCCCAAUGUACAUGCUGGCCCAAAUCUUCGGUGCAUUCCUUGCUGCUGCAGUGGUGUUUUGUCUUUAUUAUGAGGCACUGCACACCUAUUGUGAAGGAAAUUUCACAGUCACGGGACCUUUGGAAACAGCCAGCAUAUUUGCUACGUAUCCUCAGCCUUACCUGUCUAUUGGGGGUGGUUUCCUAGACCAGGUGGUGGGGACAGGAGCCCUGCUAUUGUGUAUCCUGGCCAUCAAUGAUAAGAAGAAUAGCCCAGCUCUGAAUGGCACUCAGGCAGUGGUAGUUGGACUCUUGGUUACGGUCAUUGGUAUGUCCAUGGGAAUGAAUUCCGGAUAUGCCAUUAACCCAGCCAGGGAUCUUGGGCCACGGAUCUUCACGGCCAUAGCUGGCUGGGGAAUUGAAGUCUUCAGAGCUGGGAACUACUGGUGUUGGGUACCCAUAGUUGCUCCUCUGGUUGGCAGCCUGACCGGUGCCCUUCUCUACCAGCUCUUAGUUGGACUGCAUCAUCCGCCAAGUGAGGAAGUGACGAAGGUAUACGAGAUGGAAGCAGGGACUUCAGAGACAGCAACUUGUGAAUACAUGUGA